UCAAGCAAUUAUCCUGCCUCAGUCUCCUGAGUAGCUGGGAUUACAUGUGUGCGCCACGAUGCCUGGCUACUUUUUUUGUAUUUUUAAUGGAGACGAGGUUUCACCAUAUUGGCCAGGGUGGUCUCAAACUCCUGACCUCAAGUGACCUGCCCGCCUCGGCCUCCCAAAGUGCUGGGAUUACAGGUGUGGGCCACUGUGCCUAGCCCCAUCUGUUCUCAAGCACUCCUGGCUGCCCCAUUUCCUGACCACUGCCCUCCAUCCCAUUAUCUCCCCAGUUUCCUUUGUUGCCUGGGUUCCAAUUCUGGUAUCCUGGUUCCUGACCCUGCCAGAGUUCUGGUUCUGGAAGGCCUCCCACAGGUGCCUUGGGCCUAGCUCUCACCUGGACCCAGGGCAACACUGAAGACAUGGGCAAGAGCAUCCCCCAAUACCUGGGGCAACUGGACAUCCGCAAAAGUGUAGUCAGCCUGGCCACAGGCGCCGGAGCAAUCUACCUGCUCUACAAGGCCAUCAAGGCCGGCAUAAAAUGCAAACCACCACUCUGUAGCAACUCACCCAUCUGCAUCGCCCGUGAGUGUCUGGGCCCUGGGGAGAGGGCUCUGCCCCAGGAGGCACCGGCUCCCGAGGCCUCUGCUGUGGGAGGGCCCAAAGGCCUGGCAGUCGAGCGAGAGCGGCACGGGCGGGACUCAGGUGAGCUCCGGAGGCUCCUCAACUCUUUGGAGUGCAAACAGGAUGAGUACGCCAAGAGCAUGAUCCUGCACAGUAUCACUCGCUGUGUGUACUUGCUGGAGGCUGAGGCCUCUGCUUGUACUACGGAUGACAUCGUGUUACUGGGCUACAUGCUGGAUGACAAGGACAACAGUGUCAAAACCCAAGCUCUGAAUACACUUAAAGCUUUCUCUGGCAUCAGAAAAUUCAGGCUCAAAAUCCAGGAACACUCCAUCAAAGUACUCGAACUGAUCUCCACCAUCUGGGACACGGAACUGCACAUCGCGGGCCUCAGACUCCUCAACAACCUUCCGCUGCCCGACUAUGUGCAUCCACAGCUGCGACGGGUGAUGCCUGCCUUGAUGGAGAUACUGCAGUCAGACUACAUCCUGGCACAGGUGCAAGCUGUACGACUGCUGAGCUACCUGGCACAGAAGAAUGACCUUCUCUAUGACAUUCUCAACUGCCAGGUUCACUCCAACUUCCUAAACCUGUUCCAGCCCACACAGCCAGGGAGUCUCCUGUAUGAGGUACUGGUGUUUGCUGAGCGGCUGAGUGAGGGCCGGAACGCACCCCACUACCGCGCGGUGAAAUGGCAUUACAACGAACAGUCCCUGAGUGAAUCCCUCUUUGGGGAAGAGUCCCGACUGGCAGACCGACUGCUUGCCCUGGUCAUCCACCCUGAGGAGGAUGUUCAGAUCCAGGCCUGCAAGGUCAUUGUUAGCCUGCAGUAUCCCCAGGACUUGAGAGCCCGGCCCUCCUCCUGCCAGCCCAGUUGUUCCUACUUUAAAAACACGGAAUAAAAUUAAGGAGAGCCAAUAAAUGAGUAUGG